CGGACGAACAUGGCGGCCCCCGAGUCAGGGCCGGCUUGGAGUCCCGGAGCUGCGGAAGGCGAGGAGGAGACGAUUCUCUAUGAUUUGCUGGUCAAUACCGAGUGGCCACCGGAGACAGAAGUACAGCCUAGGGGCAACCGAAAACAUGGUGCAUCCUUUAUCAUCACAAAAGCAAUUCGAGAUCGUCUAUUAUUUCUGCAGCAAUACAUCUGGUACCGCCCUGCACCUUUUUUGCUCCCUGAUGGACUAGUUCGCUUGGUUAAUAAGCAGAUAAACUGGCAUUUGGUACUUGCAAGCAAUGGAAAACUUUUGGCUGCUAUUCAAGAUCAGUGUGUGGAAAUCAGGUCUGCAAAAGAUGAUUUUACAUCUAUUAUUGGGAAAUGUCAAGUUCCAAAAGACCCAAAACCCCAAUGGAGGCGAGUAGCAUGGAGUUAUGAUUGUACCCUGCUUGCCUAUGCUGAAAGCACUGGAACUGUGAGGGUAUUUGAUCUCAUGGGAAGUGAACUUUUUGUCAUUUGUCCGGCUUCUAGUUUUGCAGGAGAUUUGAGCUAUGCUAUUGCUGGGUUGAUAUUCUUAGAAUAUAAAGCAAGCACACAGUGGUCUGCAGAACUCCUGGUCAUCAAUUAUCGAGGAGAACUUAGAAGUUACCUUGUAAGUGUUGGAACAAAUCAGAGCUACCAAGAGAGUCACUGUUUCAGCUUCAGUAGUCAUUAUCCUCAUGGGAUCAACACAGCUAUUUACCAUCCUGGUCAUAGACUUUUAAUGGUUGGUGGAUGUGAAGCUGCUGAAGUAGGCAUGUCAAAAGCUUCUAGCUGUGGCCUUUCUGCCUGGAGAGUUCUUUCCGGAUCACCUUAUUAUAAGCAGGUUACUAAUGGUGAAGAAAGUGUUACUGCGGUGCCAAAGACUCUGGGGUUAUUAAGGAUGUUAAGUGUCAAGUUUUACAGUCGCCAUGGACAAGAACAGGAUGGAAUCUUUAAGAUGAGCCUUUCUCCAGAUGGGAUGCUUCUUGCAGCCAUUCACUUCUCAGGGAAACUGAGCAUCUGGGCCAUUCCAUCUCUGGAGCAACAAGGGGAAUGGAAUCAAAAUGAGCAGCCAGGCUAUGAUGACCUUAAUCCUGAUUGGAGGCUCUCUACUGAGAAAAGAAAAAAAAUCAAAGAUAAAGAAUCCUUUUACCCGUUGAUAGAUGUCAACUGGUGGGCAGACAGUGCAGUGAUUUUGGCACGAUGUUCUGGUGCUUUAACUGUUUCAUCAGUGAAAACUUUGAAGAAUUUGCUGGGAAAGUCCUGUGAAUGGUUUGAACCAUCACCUCAAGUCACUGCAACCCAUGAGGGGGGAUUUUUAAGUUUGGAGUGUGAGAUUAAACUUGCCCCGAAACGAUCUCGUUUGGAGAUUAGAGUUGGAGAAGAAGAUGAAGGAGAAGAGGAUUCAGAUUCUGAUUGUGAAAUAUCUACCAAGGCUCGCUACUUUGGUUAUAUAAAACAGGGCCUUUACUUGGUGACUGAAAUGGAGCGAUUUGCGCCACCACGGAAACGCCCACGAACCAUCACUAAAAACUAUCGCCUUGUGAGUUUGCGUUCCACGACUCCAGAAGAACUUUAUCAGAGAAAGAUUGAAAGUGAAGAGUAUGAAGAAGCCUUGUCUUUGGCUCAUACCUAUGGCCUAGAUACUGACCUAGUAUAUCAGAGGCAGUGGAGAAAGUCAGCGGUCAACAUUGCUUCAAUUCAGAAUUAUUUGAGUAAAAUUAAGAAGCGAUCCUGGGUUCUCCAUGAGUGUUUGGAAAGGGUUCCUGAAAAUGUGGAUGCUGCAAAAGAACUGCUUCAGUAUGGAUUAAAAGGCACAGACCUGGAGGCUCUUCUAGCAAUUGGGAAAGGAGUGGAUGAUGGCAGAUUUACAUUGCCUGGUGAAGUAGACAUUGAGAAUAUUUCCUAUGAGGAGCUUUCACUAUCUGAUGAAGAGCCUGCCAAGAAAAAAAGGGAAAAGGAGCUCAAGAAGAGAGGAGAAUUGCUUAAAUUAGUAAACUUUUCAAAGUUGACACUGGAACAAAAGGAACUUUGCCGUUGUAGACUGAAAUUAUUGACCUACUUAGACCGACUUGCAACAUAUGAGGAAAUCCUAGGAGUGCCUCAUGCUUCUGAACAGAGAUAUGAUGCUGAAUUCUUUAAGAAGUUCAGAAAUCAGAAUAUUGUUCUCUCAGCAAGAACUUAUGCUCGGGAAAGUAAUGUACAAGCCCUCGAAAUUCUGUUCACGUACCAUGGUUCAGACCUGCUUCCUCAUCGCCUUGCGAUUCUCUCCAACUUCCCAGAGACCACUUCUCCACAUGAAUAUGCUGUUUUGCUCCCUGAAGCUUGUUGUCAUGGUGGCUCCUUGAUGAUAAUUCCUUGGCAUGAACGUAAACACCGAGCUAAAGACUGGUGCGAGGAGUUGGAGUGCAGAAUGGUUGUUGAGCCAAGUCUUGAAGAUGAAAGUGAAUUCUUGUACGCUGCACAGCCUGAGCUACUGAGGUUCAGGACCAGCCAGCUUGCAGUCGAGAAGGUUAUAGACUGGUAUCAGGCCAGAGCAGAGGAAAUAGAGCACUAUGCCCGCCAGGUGGACUGUGCAUUAUCACUUAUUCGACUUGGAAUGGAACGGAAUAUCCCUGGUUUGCUGGCUCUAUGUGAUAAUUUGGUUACUCUGGAAACAUUGGUGUAUGAAGCCGGGUGUGACUUAACCCUAACCUUGAAAGACCUCCAGCAGAUGAAAGAUAUUGAAAAACUUAGAUUUCUGAUGAAUAGUGUAGGUUUUAUUUUAACUUUCUUUUAAAAUAUUUUUAAGCAUUCCCUUUGUACUUUGAU